AUGUCUGCCGCUAAGAUCUUGUCCAAGAACCGCGUGGAACAGCCGUCACACCAUGGUUGCAUGUGCAUCCUUGAAGACAGGGACGUGCAGCCUUUGAGCAAGCACCGGGAGCCAACACGGUUUCUUCAACAUGAGCGUGUCGAGAUCUUUGCAUCAAAGGAGGCGGUGGCCAAAUGGCAACAGCCACUGUCAAUUCUCGGCAGCAUGUACUUCUCCAGCCUCCAGAGGACGGUGCCCUGCCAGCAGGUUGUCUCCGUGGCCUCUGCCAUUGCAGCCUGCGGUUCCGCGAACUACUGGCAACAGGCUCUUGCCCUGCUCGAUACCUCUGUGCGGCGCGGCCUGGAAGCUAACCUGGUCGCAUGCAAUGCAGCUGCCAGUGCCUGUGAGAAACCAGGCCAGUGGAGACAGGCCGUUGGCAUGCUCGUCGGGAUGCAUGUCAGCUCGGUCGAGGAAGACUGCAUAUCUUGCAAUGCAGUCAUCAGCUCGUUGGAAAAGGGCGGCCUUUGGACGCAAGCUCUGGGUAUGCUUGAUUCGAGGUUCCGGCGAAUCAAAACGUCCGUCGUUACGUACAGUGCGGUGAUCAGCACCUUCGAGACGGCUGGGCGCUGGCGUGAGGCCCUUCACAUGCUUGGCCUUCUCACCGUGGAGCCUAACUGCUACACAUACAACUCCGCGAUCAGUGCUUGUGAAAAGGCAUGUUCUUGGGCUCACGCAGUGUGGCUUCUUAGUGAGAUGAGGAUGAGAUCAUUACAGCUCGACCUGAUCUCGUACAAUGCAGCUCUUAGCACGUGCUCGGUGAGUUCCAAAUGGACCCUGGCCUUGUCGCUGAUGUCGGAGAUGAGCGGAUACAGUCUGCAGAUGAAUGUUAUUACCUAUGAAGCCGCCCUGGCAGGGCUGGAGAGAGGGAGCUGCAGCCUCUCUACUGUCGCACUGCUGCACGAACUGGAAGCACACUACUUGCAAGAUUAG